AUUACAACCCGCGCUUGCCAGUCCACUAGAUAACGCAAUCCAAUCAUAAUACUACCGUACUAAAAUAAUUCAAAACUUUAGACAAAAAUGGCCGAAAUGUUUUGAUUUUUAAGCUAAUUUUCAGUCACUGAAUGUUCGGAAAUGUUCUUCAGCGGAUUCCUGUGUCUGACCCUUACAUUUCACAUAGUGUUAUGUGCCGACCCUACCGUCUAUCUGGACCAAACAUUCCCCUACACCACUAAAGUUGACGGAUACCCAACACUUGUCGUACAGAAAGACAAAGAUGCUUACUUGGCUUGUGUUGUUGAUAAAAAGCCAAAGGGAAUGCCGGUACAAUGGCUAGUCCAAAACUUCAACACAAACAUAACUAUUCCAAUUUCCACUGACACGGACACGAAAAACUCAUUCAAGUAUCAAUUAGAUAAGCCCGCAACUAACAAUUGGCGACUAAAGAUUCAGAAUGUCCAGCCGUCCGAUGAAGCCUUGUAUAUCUGUAGAGUUCAACUUCAAAGUCGAUUUCAAAUGGACAACAUUAGCCGGAUGGUAAAAGUUAUACAGAAACCACAAAUUAUCGACAUAUACACAAGUUCGGAUACAACAAGACAGGAGGGGGAUAGCAUGGUUUUUAAAUGUGCAGCAAACGGUAUUCCUAAACCUCUAAUAAAAUGGCAGCUUGCUGGAGGUGGCUUACUUCCGACGGGUGGUCGGGAAUACGUCUCACCAACUUUGUCUAUUGACCAUGUUAACAGACAUCAAAAAGGUCAUUACAAAUGUGUGGCUGAAAAUAUAGCGGGAAAAGAUGUCAGACGUAUAGCUUUGAAUGUCAAAUUUGCACCAGUGCUGGUUGCUAAGGAACCGGAUGUGUAUCAGGCAGUUGGAUAUAGCCGGGAACUUAAAUGUGAGGUUUCGGGCAACCCACCAUCGACAGUAAAACAGGUCGUGUGGAACAAAGACGGUGUCCCUCUUGACGACAAUAACAAGUACACAUUCGAGAGUUAUUUUGGCUCAAACUUUGUACUGAUGAAACUGAUCAUCCAUGACAUAGACAGCAAUGAUUUUGGCAAGUACAGAUGUUAUGCUGAAAAUUCGGAAGGAAACGGAGAGAAUUUUGUAACUCUUGCAGAGUCCAGUUACUUCGUCAGUGACAGACCUAGUACAGCGGGUGGUUCAUCUUUAUUAACAUUUAGUAUAACUACCAUUCUGAUGCUUGCCGUUACGUCACUUCUUCAUUUGUGUUAGCCAUUUUACCUUCAUGCCGUUUUUAACCACUUUAGUAAAAAAAACAAACAAA